AUGGAAGACAUUGCAGUCAUUGGAAUUGGUCUUCGAUUUCCAGGAGACGCCACAAAUCCCGAAGAGCUCUGGCGGGUGUUGGAAAAUGGCGAAUCCCAGUGGCGUGAUAUCCCCAAAGAUAGGCUUAACAUUGACGGAUAUUUCCAUCCGAGUGGAAACAGAUUAGGAAGUAUCCCUUUUCGGGGAGCUCACCUUUUAAAAGAGGAUAUUGCAGCAUUUGAUGCACCGUUCUUCAGCAUAACAGCAGACGACGCUCAAGCCAUCGACCCCCAACAGCGAAUGUUGCUGGAGGUGUCAUACGAGGCUUUGGAAAAUGCGGGCCUGCGGAAAGAAGACAUCUAUGGCACCGACGCUUGCGUUUAUGUCGGGUCGUUUGUUAAAGACUAUGAGCAAAUCUGCCUUCGUGAUCCUGACUGGUCGCCGCAGUAUGCUGCUACCGGCAACGGCAUUGCCAUCAUGGCUAACCGCAUAUCUUACUAUUACAAUUUGCACGGGCCGAGUAUGACUGUCGACACAGGUUGCAGUGGCAGCUUAGUAUCCGUCCAUUUGGCGGCUCAAAGCCUUCGCAAUCGAGAAUCGGCCGUUGGUAUAGCAGCGGGCGCAGGAAUGAUUCUCACACCUAGCACCAUGAUGCCUAUGACAGCCUUGAAUUUUCUUAGCCCGGAUGGCAAGUGUUUCACGUUUGACUCGCGAGCCAAUGGUUAUGGUCGUGGAGAAGGGAUCGGCGUUGUUAUCAUGAAACGUCUGUCUGAUGCUAUUCGAGACAAUGACACGAUACGAGCCGUCAUACGGGGAACUUCGGUCAACCAAGACGGUCGGACAACCGGUAUCACUCUGCCAAGCAAAGAGGCCCAGGUGGCAAAUAUUCGCUCAGUCUACGGCAAUGCUGGACUCGACUUUGGGCAAACGGCGUACGUUGAAUGCCAUGGAACGGGAACACAAGCCGGGGACUGGCGGGAGCUCAAGGCCAUCUCCGAGACAUUGGCGGCAGAACGACCCGCGACGAAUCCAGUUAUUGUAGGCUCGGUCAAACCGAAUAUUGGGCAUCUGGAAGGUGCAGCCGGUGUGGCUGGCAUGAUCAAGGGGGUCCUUGUCUUGGAGAAGGGCAAAAUCCCCCCCAACAUCAACUUCAAAUCCGGCAAUCCCACCAUAGAUUUUGAGGAAUGGAGGGUCAAGGUUCCGCUCUCUGUCAUGGACUGGCCCAUCCCUGGGCUUCGUAGAGUCAGCGUCAACUGCUUUGGUUUUGGAGGAACCAACGCCCACGUCAUUUUGGAUGAGGCUGCCGGGUAUCUAGGUAGUCGCGGGCUGGUUGCCAACCACCACACUCACGUUUGUUCCUCUUCAAGCCCAGCUGCAGCCGUUUCCACCACAGCGGCAACGCCAACAGAUACGAGUCAGCUCUUUUGCUAUUCGGCGAGCGAAAAAAACGGUGUCAUCCGUACCAUGAAAUCUCACUCAAAGUACAUUUUGUCUUUGCAAAACUCACCGUCAACGACGCUGUUGCGCAAUUAUUCCUAUACCCUGGCCUGCCGACGAUCUACUCUGGAAUGGAAGGGCUUUUUUGUGGCUAGGUCGCCGGCUGAAAUCGCGGCCAAACUUGAAGCCGCCGAGACGCUUAAUCUUGGUCGAUCGUUGAACAAGACGGAACCAAAAAUCGCAUUUGUCUUCUCUGGACAAGGCACUCAGUGGGCUCAGAUGGGGCUUGAUCUCAUGGUCUUUGAUGCCUUCCGACGAAGCCUGGAGGAAGCAAAUGCCUACAUGCAAGAUCUCCAGUCUCUGUUCGAUCUGUUCCGCGAACUUUCCAGACCAGAUUCGGAAUCUAUCAUUUCCUUCCCUUACCUGUCACAAUUCGCCACAACGGCGAUCCAGGUCGCCUUGGUCGAUCUUUUCCAUUCAUUUGGCGUCAGUCCGAAAUAUGUUAUUGGACACUCUUCUGGAGAAAUUGCUGCCGCCUAUGCUGCAGGUGCCAUUUCACGACCCUCCGCCUGGGAAAUCGCUCACUUUCGAGGUAUGGCUGCCAUUAGCAUCGGCUUCCGGGCGCCGAAACUCAGAGGAUCCAUGAUGGCCGUCAGAAUGUCAUGGCAAGAGAUGGCCAACUACCUGGCAUCCAGUUCCGAGGCGGCAGAAAUUGCUUGCAUCAACAGUCCGCAAUCAGUCACAAUCUCUGGGAGGGUUGAGCCUAUUGAGGCGAUCGCGAAAGAUCUUGGAAGAAGGAAUAUCUUUCAUCGUAUCUUGAAUGUUCAGACAGCAUAUCAUUCCUCCCAUAUGCGCCUCGUUUCACACGAUUACCGUGACGCCAUCAACACCGUGACGGCACAAGAACUUACCCCCGGUGUCAAGAUGUUUUCUUCCGUCACUGGACGGGCUAUUAGCGGUUUAGAGCUCGGCUGUGAGUACUGGGUAGAAAAUUUGGUCAGUCGCGUGCAGUACGUUGCGGCAAUGAGUGAAAUGAUGAGCUUGCCAACCGAGCAAAGACCCGACGUGGUCCUCGAACUGAGUCCUCGCGGGAGCCUGCGAUCGCCUAUCGCAGAGAUAAUGGAAUCUGUUCUUGGGGAGUCUGCGCAUCCUCCCUACUACUCUGCCAUGCAGCCAAAGGGGGACGGCGUCUCGAGAAUCCUUUCCGUCAUCGGAGAGCUCUGGGUUCAGGGGUGCUCAGUAGACAUGCUACAAGUCGUCACACGAGGCCACAACCAUGCCAACCGGCCCAAGUGUUUGUCAGAUCUUCCCCCUUACCCUUGGAAUCACACAAAGUCCUACUGGCAUGAAUCACAUCUCAGCGUUGCCAACAGACAGCGAAAGCACCCUCGUGAAGAUCUGAUUGGGUCCCUUACAGCAGACUCCAUUUCCUUUGAACCUCGUUGGCGCGGAUUUCUACGCAUAUCGGAGAAUCCAUGGAUCCAAGACCACCAAGUACAAAAGACAAUUGUGUACCCAGCUGCGGGCAUGAUCUCGAUGGUUCUCGAGGGUGCAAAGCAGAUCCGCCCGCAGACAAGCAGCUUCCUCGGCUACGAGAUCACCGACAUGAAGAUAGCAAAGGCAAUGAUUAUCCCCAACACGUCUCACGGCCUAGAGGUGGCUUUGAACAUUAAAUCCAAUACGCAGCCUGGCGACAACCGCCACGAAUUCGCGAUUUACUCCAAGCCGUUGAAUGCGCCCUGGGAGCAUCAUGCGUCCGGACUCGUCACAUUCAAACACGCCGGUAACAGCGCCAACGCAAGUCCGAACCGUGUUGACGAUGCUGAAAUGAAGAGCUUGUCCAGUGUCUACGAUCGGAAAGUCAACCCUCGCCAACUGUAUGAGCUCUUGGACACUAUUGGCAUGAAUUACGGCGCAACCUUUCAAAACCUCUUCGACGUUUACCAAAGGGACGGGGCCUGCUUGUUCAAGGUACGCGUUCCUGAUACCAAGUCCAAGAUGCCGGCAAGGUUCGAGUACCCUCACGUUAUCCAUCCUGCGACAUUGGACUCCAUGCUUCAUUCGUUGUUCGCCAUUGAGACGAAGCCAAUGGUCCCAACCUACGUUCGACGCAUCUUUGUCUCCGCGCAAGUCGACCAUGACGGACCCCGGGUGUAUUCAGGGUACGCUACUGCCGGCAAGGUUGGCCUCCAAGAUGCGACUGCCAAAAUUGUCAUGAGUGCACCAGAUUUGCCUGACGCAAAGGUCGUCCUCGACGGACUGCAUCUGACAGCGCUCAGCACCGCGGCGACUGACUCGGUGCCCUUUCUCCCCAAUUAUCGAAAUCUCUGCAAUGAGAUCAUAUGGAAAGAAGAUGCCACAUUUUCCACCACGACUAAUGUCCUGCAGCUCCUGGAUCUCUUUGCUCACAAAUUUCCUGGGCUUUCCGUCUUGCAAGUCGGGGGUUCUUUGUCCGACGCCCUGGAAACGCUGAAUCUCCUAGCUCCCGAUGAGCAUGAGACACCACGACUAUCGAGGUUCACCUUGUUGGAUCAUGCCGACUCUCACGUCUCGUCUUCACUUUUGUCCAAACUAAAAAGCGGCAGACUGGAGCUAUUCGUCGAAAGCAGACAGAAACUUGCAGAAGUCCGUUCCGAAUAUCACCUGAUCAUAUCUUACGGCGAUAAUCAACUGGAUUCGACGGGACUCAAGAGUCGGCUCAGAGUCGGGGGCCUUCUUCUCCAAACUUGUCUUGGGACAGCAGAUGCUCCAUCUGCUGCGGGCAGUUCCGGCAGUGCAAACGGCAAUCCUCUACCGAAUGGAAGCCUGAAAAGCCCAACUGACACGAUGGUGUACAAGCGACCAGCAAUACCCGUUGCUCAACCUCAGAUCAUUGUAUUGACACCAGAAAAGCCGACCGAGGAAAUGCUGGCAUUCAUCAGUAUCGCCAAAAGCCACCCAGCUGUAGAAGGCGGGAAAGGACAACUGUUUGCGCUCACGUCGCGGGAAAUUCUCCAAAGCUCGUUCCUUUUCGAACACUCGGUGGUGAUUUCAUUUCUCGACGUUGCCGCAUCUCCCAAGCAAGAAGACCGGCAUUCCAUCCUACAAUGGGACGAGGAGCAUUUUGACAUGCUUAAAACAUUGCAGCGAUCAGCAAAGGGCAUUAUUUGGGUAACCAGAGGCUCCCACAUGUACCCCCGGUGUCCUGAAGGCUCGGCGGUAAUUGGAUUGGCAAGAGUUCUCAUGUCAGAAGAUCCCCGAAAGGUCAUCGUCACCGUUGACGUGGACUCUGCGACGAGUCUCGGGGACUCUGCGGCUGCCGACAAUGUCAUGCACGUGUUUACUAAAACAUUUUGCGAGGAAGCAGACUCGGCCUACGUCGAGACUGAAUUUGCAGAGAAGGAUGGCAAGCUGUUUAUUCCUCGCAUGAGACCUAUCCAGCCGAUGAAUCAAAUCAUCGAGGGCCGUGAGCCGAGCAUUACCAAAAGCCGCCCAUUCCAUAAAAGGGCAUCAUCCGGCGGGGACUUGGAAGUCGAGCUUUCCAUCCUGCAGCCGGCACUGACGGAUGACUCGUGGCAAUUCACCGAAUAUGUUCCCACGGAUGUGCCAGGCCGCGGCGAAGUCGAGAUUGAGUUUAGACAUGCUUUACUCACAUGGCACGACGUCGAAACCAUGCUUGGGCGCAGUGUUGAGUCCACUAUCGGGACGGAUUUACGUGGCAUCGUCACCUCGGUUGGUCAGGACGUCACCGAGUUUUCACCCGGAGACGAGGUGACGGCGUUUGUGGCCGACGGGUGCAUCCGCAGCUCGGUCCGCGUCAGAAGCUGCUUCGUGCAGCCCCAGAGGGAGGGUUUCUUCCCCGGCUUGUACGCCAGUGCUUACUAUGCCGUCGUACACAUGGGCCGCGCCAGAGCAGGCAAAAGCCUCCUCAUCCACGGUGCCGCCAGCGCACACGGGCUCGCCGGUAUUGAGAUGGCAAGGUUGCUUGACGUCGAGGUAUUUGCCACUGUUUCCGGCAAGGACGUCAACGAGCAGCGAAGACUUUUGGAAAGCUUGGGAGUGCCUGCCAGCUCAAUCUUGGACGCAGACGACGACCAAGAUUUCGCUCAACAAGUUCUGGCAGCGACGGGCGGCAAAGGCGUAGACGUCAUCUAUGACACGACACAAAAAACGCAGGUCAAUGCAAACCUGAAAUGCAUCAAGUGCGGGGGCGUUCUUAUCCAGCUCGCAAACGCGUCUCCCAUUUCCUCUGGCCAUGAUGUGAACCUGGGCACCAGCUCGGUCAGCGUUGUCAGGUUCAAUCUGCGUCAGCUUGCACGACAAGACGAAGACUUGGUCGCCGAGCUUCUGGAGUCGACGACUCGGCUUCUUGCCGAGAGAGAGUGGGCAUGUUCACCGGUUGGCGCCGCGGCCGCCAACGAGUUUGGCGUGGAUGCGCUCGGCGACGCUCUCAGGCACGUCCAGACCAACCCUCACCGAGGCUUGUGCACGGUGUCGGCCCUCCCCGGGGAAACGCCCGUGGUUCGGGUUGUCUGCAGCGACACGUCCAGAUCUCUCUGGGAGGCGAUUGACCCUGACGGCACGUACCUGCUGGCCGGCGGGCUCGGCGGCCUGGGCCAGAGCAUUUGCGAGCUUCUCAUCGCCAACGGCGCCCAGCACAUUGCCCUGGUGUCUCGAUCCGGCGCCUCGUCGGCCUCUUCUCAGGCAUUCCUGGACAGUCUGCGGCGCCGGGGGGUCCACGCCAAGGCCUACCGCGCCGACAUCUGCGACGCGGUGCUGCUGGAAGCAGUGGUGGGCGUGGAGAUUGCCGCCGAGAUGCCCCCCGUCCGCGGGGUGUUCCAGUGCGCCGCCGUCGUCCAAGACGCCAUGUUUGACAACAUGACGUUUUCGUCCUGGCAGGCAGCCAUCAGGCCCAAGACGGCGGGAUCCUGGAACCUGGUCAAGGCCAUGCCCGAUGGGGACGACAGCCCGUUCUUCAUCUUCCUGGCCAGCUCGGCCGGCGUGAUCGGCAACCGCGGACAGGCAAACUACGCCGCCGGCAACAGCUACCAGGACGCGCUCGCGCACCACUGCCGCCUGCAGGGCAAGCACGCCGUCUCGCUCGACCUCGGCCCCGUGCUGGGGGCGGGCAUGCUCACCCAGGACGAGGAGGUUCUCGACAAGCUCCGCGCCAGCGGCUUCUACGGCGUCCGCCACCAAGACUUCCUCAAGGUCGUCGAGCACGCCAUCACCACGGAGAUGGGCGCGUCGCGACUCGCCACCCCGGCCCAGGUCGUUCUCGGCGUCGGGACCGGCGGGCUCCUGCGGCAGAACAAGCCGGCGGACCCGUACUGGUCCCGCGCGGCGCUGUACGCCUACCUCAACCUGGUGGACAUGCCGCCGCCCGACCUGGACGCCUCCGCCGCCGACGCACACGGCGCCGACCUGAAGUCGGCCCUCGCGCGGGCGCCCACCGCCGAGGCCGCCGCAGACCUGGUCCGCAGCGGCCUGGCGCACAUGCUCGCCAAGGCCAUGAACCUGCUGCCGGAGGAAGUCGACGCCAACCAGCCGCCCAACUCGUACGGCGUCGACUCCCUCGUCGCGGUGGGCGUCAGGAACUGGGUCCUGAGCAACUGCGCCGUCGAGGUGUCCGUCUUUGAGGUCCUGAGCAACGACACCAUCAGCCAGAUGGCGAGCACGAUUGCCGCCAGACGCGGGGGGUACGGCGACAGCAAGGGCGCGAGAGAUGUUUGA